CCAGUCAAAGACAUCUUAACUUUUGACCUGUUGACCACAGAAAGGUGCGUGAACGUCACAUAUCGAAAUUAGCAAAAACCUGGAAUUAAAUAAAUGAUGUCAACUGAGCAUGAGAUAAAUGUCAAGUGUAUAAGAUUUGGAAUUAGCUUGUUAAUGCCUUAAAUUGUGUUGUCCGAUGACUCCUUUACCUAGUCACCGUAUUUUGGACAUAUUUUGGUACAGCGUGAUGUCGUAAUGUGAAUUUCAUUGAUAAUAAAUUUACCAGUUUAGGAUUAGUUUAUUAAAGGUAAAAUGUAAAUAAAGUUAUGAGCACAUUUAGGGAAGAAGCUUAAACAGAAAAAGCCUUAGAUUAACAUCACAGAAAAAAUAUGAAAAAUCCAGAGGACGAAGAAGGCGAGCCUACAGAUGUAGGGGAUAAUACUGGGUGUGGCGAUAGUACUACAAGUACCGCCACUAAUUCUAGUGGCAUCGGAAGUGGCAUGUCUAUAAAAAGUUCCGAGGAUAACUUAUCAGUGAGUUCUGGUGGCACAGUUCAGUCGACAGUGCGGGUACUACAUCUUUGUCAGAGAGGGGAAUGGGCAAUGGCAGAACAGCUGUUACGGACAAUCGAGAGAGGUCAUCCCGAUCUUAGUCAACCAGAUGAGGAAACAGGAGUGACACCUUUAAUGAUAGUGGUCAGAGAAAAUAAACUGGUGCUUGCUGAAAGACUUUUAGAUCUGGGUGCAGGUGUUAAUGACAGAGCUAAGGAUGGUAGAACCUGCUUACACUAUGCUGCUUCCUUCGCCAAAGAUGACAUUGUUAAGUUAUUACUCAACAGGAAGGCAGAUUGUAAUUUACCUGGAGGGCCAAAAGAUCAGCUACCAUUACAUAUGGCCUCUGCCAGAAAUACUGGGGCUGUUACAGUUGUACAGUAUCUACUAAAAUCUGCUGGAAAGGAAACAAGACUGGUCACUGAUAAAGGAGGUUCUAUUCCACUGUUCUUUGCUGCUGAAGUAGGAAAUAUAUCUGUUUGUAAAGAAUUACUCACACAAUAUGCAGAUCAGCAACUGGCAGCCCAGAAAGAGGAUAAUGGAGAUAAUGUGUUACAUAUAGCAUGUAGAAGAAGAGACCUUGACCUUGUCAAAAUGUUACUUGAAAAUGGAAUAUCAGUUGAUGCCACUAAUUAUGAUGGCCAUACAGCUUUACAUAUUGCAUCUUGGGAAGGAGAUGAGAUGCUGGUUAAAUAUCUGUACCAGAUGAAGGCUAAUCCAAAUCUGUCUGACAGGAUGGACAGAGUGCCAGUACACUUGGCAGCAGAAAGAGGACAUACAACUAUAGUGGACCUUCUUGUUGACAAAUGUAAAGCAUCUAUAUCUGCUCGGACUAAAGAUGGCAGCACUCUAAUGCAUAUAGCCUCUACCUAUGGUCAUCCUGACACUGCCUUAACAUUCCUUAGAAAGGGAGUUCCCCUUCAGAUGCCAAAUAAGUCUGGCGCCAUCUGUUUACAUGCUGCAGCCAUGAAAGGACAUACAAAUGUUGUAAGAGCUUUAUUACAAAAAGGUGCAGCCCCUGAUUCCAAAACAAAGGAUGGAUCUACAGCCUUACAUCUAGCCGUAGAAUGUUGUAAGCCACAAGUUGUACAAACUCUACUGGGAUAUGGAGCACAAGUAGAACUCAAAGGGGGAAAGGCACAAGAGACACCUUUACAUAUAGCUGCUCGGACAAGAGAGGGAGAAAAAUGUGCUGAAAUGUUGUUAAAAAGUGGUGCAGAUGUUAACGCUACAAGGGAGAAUGGAGAAACAGCAAUGCACAUAGCAGCUAGACAUGGUCAAAUACAGAUGGUGAUAGCUUGUUUAGAGGAAGGAGGGGAUCCUACACAACAAUCAAAGAUAGGAGAGACACCAUUGCAUGUAGCUGUACGCCACUGCCAUUUAGAUGUGGCCAGUGAACUUUUAACCAUUGUCAGUAGAUCUAGGUCUAGAAUUGAUGCUGUGAUGCUGGUCAAUCAACAGAACUGGGAAGGAGAAACAACAGUACAUUAUGCAGCAGAGUUGACAAAGAAUUUAGCACAUGAGGAUUUGGAAGAUACAGAUAUGAUCAAAUUAUUACUGGAGUAUGAUGGAGAUACAAACUUACACACUAAACUGACAUUUGAAACUCCCUUACAUUAUUGUGCCAGGGCUGGUAAUGGUGACAUACUGUUAGAGAUAGUCAAACAUAUUGGUGCUUUAGGUGUACAGAGGGCUGUCAAUAAACAGUCCAAGAAUGGUUGGUCCCCAUUGUUAGUAGCGAGUGAGCAGGGUCAUAUCAGUAUAGUAAAGAUCCUUCUACAGCACCAUGCAAGAGUUGAUGUUUUUGAUGAGAAUCAUGGUAAAGCUGCCUUACAUUUAGCAGCAGAGAGUGGCCAUGACCAAGUGGCUGAUGUUCUGCUGUGGCAUAAAGCUUUUGUCAAUGCCAAGUCAAAACAGGGAGUAACACCCCUCCAUUUGGCUGCUCAGAAUGGAUACAACAAACUAGUUAAACUACUGAUAGAAACACAUGGGGCAACUAUUGAUGCCUUGUCCUUGGCCAAAAGAACUCCAUUACACAUGGCUGCCCAGAGUGGUCAGAUGGAAGUUUGUAGUACAUUACUGAAUAUGAAAGCUGAUGCCAAUGCUACGGAUGUGCAUGGUCAGACCCCUCUACAUUUAGCUGCUGAGAAUGAUCAUUCUGAUGUAGUAAAGUUGUUCCUAAAGUACAGACCAGAAUUAGUAACAAUGGCAAACACAAAUGGUAUGACAUGUGCUCACAUUGCUGCUGCUAAAGGAAGUGUUGCUGUUGUUAAGGAGCUAAUGAGGUUCAAUAAAGGAGUUGUUACUACAGCUAGAAAUAGGACCAAUGAUUCUACAGCCUUGCACCUAGCAGCUGCUGGAGGCCAUAGAGAGGUUGUACUGGUGCUUCUUGAGGCAGGGGCUUCCGCUAUUGAUGAAAAUGCUGAUGGAAUGACAGCAAUCCAUUUAUCAGCUAAGCAUGGUCAUGUUAAUAUACUGGAAGCAUUAAAAGGACAUGUAUCAUGGAGGAUAACUAGUAAAAAGACUGGAUUGUCAGGACUACAUGUAGCUGCCCACUUUGGACAGGUAGAUUUUGUCAGGGAAAUGUUGACCAAAGUUCCUGCUACAGUUAAAAGUGAGCCUCCAGUUGGUGGAGAUUCUGGGUUUAAAGACUUUGGUUCUGAGUCUGGUUUGACACCAUUGCAUUUAGCAGCCCAGUCUGGACAUGAGGGAUUAGUUAGAUUGUUACUCAACUCACCAGGGGUACAAGCUGAUGUAUCAACCAAUGCUCAGGGAGCUAUUCCAUUACACUUAGCAGCACAAGGAGGACAUACAUCAGUGGUCAGUUUGUUGUUGAGUAAAUCCACUAGCCAACUACAAUUGAAGGACAAGAGGGGAAGAACUGCCCUACAUUUGGCCGCUGCCAAUGGUCAUUUGGACAUGGUUGCUUUGCUACUUGGUCAAGGAGCAGAUAUUAAUGCUUGUGAUAAGAAUGGAUGGACUUCCCUACAUUUCUCUGCCAAAGCUGGAUUUCUGAAUGUUGUCAAACUGCUUGUUGAAAGUGGAGCUUCUGCAAAGUUUGAAACAAAAGAUGGGAAAGUUCCAAUAUGUUAUGCUGCAGCUAUGAACCACUCUGAAGUGUUGAGUUAUCUGUUGAGAAAAGAUCACAACACUCAACAUCUUAUGGAUGAUAAAAAGUUUGUAUUUGACCUAAUGGUUUGUGGGAAGCUGACAAAGAACAAGUGUCUGAAAGAGUUCAUAUUGCUUUCACCUGCUCCUGUAGAUACUGCUGCCAAAAUGUCAAGUAGCUUCCGUCUGCUGGCUAGUAAAGAAAAGGAGAGGUCACGUGACCUUUUGGUUGCUGGGGACUACUGUGAAAACAUGGCUACUGAGUUGACUGCAAUAGCUGCUAGUUCUAACAGUGCAGGACAAAUUCUCAAAUCUGUUGAUAAUCAGGGAACUUCAUUUUUAGAUGUGUUAAUUGAACAUGAGCAGAAAGAAGUAGUUUCCCAUCCAUCAGUUCAGAAAUAUUUAUCAGAUGUUUGGAUGGGUAAUUUGAAAUGGACAACAUGGAAAAUUGUGAUGUUAUUUUUAGUAUUUCUAUUUAUACCUUUAGUGUGGUUAAUAGUAUCAUUACCUUUAAGACAAAAAUAUAACAAAAUCCCUAUAAUCAAAUUCAUGGCGUACCUAGUGUCACAUUUAUAUUUAAUGUUCUUGUUUUCACUGACAGUUGUGUAUCCACUGACGCCAAUAUAUCAAUCAGCAUCGUUGAUACCACACUGGUAUGAGUGGUUAUUAUUAGCCUGGUUAUCAGGUUUACUGGUGUCAGAACUAACAAAUCCUGGUGAUAGAGGAGGACUUGGAUGGCUUAAGGUCAUAUCUAUAGCUGUUAGUGCGAUAGGAAUAUUCCUUCAUGUCAUUGCUUUUGCAUUUCCAUAUGACGACAGGCUAAUAUUAUUAUACAUAAGAAAUCAAGUCUUAGCUUGGGCAUUAUUGAUGAGUUUUGUACAGUUAUUGGACUUCUUAUCGUUUCAUCAUUUAUUUGGACCGUGGGCCAUUAUUAUAAGAGACUUACUGAAAGACUUAACCCGAUUUCUUGUCAUAUUACUGAUAUUUAUGGUAGGAUUCACGUUACAUUUAUCAGCCAUAUAUCAACCAGUGUAUGCUCCUAAAGAUCCAGAUCCAUCCCUGGGUAACGGGUUAGGUAAUGGAGAACCAGCAACAUUCAUGACGCCAAUUGAUACAUUUGAACUGUUAUUUUUCUCUUUAUUUGGCUUAGUGGAUCCAGAUUCAUUGCCAACAAUUUAUCGUAAUCCAGCAUGGGUAAUCACACUGGCCAAAAUUGUCUUUGGAACCUACAUGAUGGUGACACUUAUUGUUCUGAUUAACUUGUUAAUAGCUAUGAUGUCAGAUACAUAUCAGAGAAUACAACAACAGUCUGAUACUGAGUGGAAGUUUGGACGAGCAAAACUGAUAAGGAACAUGAACAAGACAUCAGCUACACCUGCUCCAUUGAAUUUGUUCACCAAGAUAUUUGCAUAUUGUCGGAUGGCAUGUAAAUACAAAGGAAAGUUGUGUUCUGCCCAAGCUAAGGACUAUGUAAAUGAUGAAGAUGACAAUGAUGCCUUGUCUGAUUCACGAUCUGUAGACCUUCUAGCCCAAAACUCUGUUGGUUGGUUAAGAAAUGUUGUUCGACGGAACACACAGGUAGCCCCUGAAGAUGGAUUUUUACGUGUAACUGGUCACCAUGGUCCCCAGAGAAUAGAAGAUGUUGUCGACUGGCCUAUGGUGGUACAGAGAUAUCACUCUAUGCAGGGAUUUGAGAACCAGGACAUGGGAGGCAAUGAGAACAGCCAUUUACAUAUGGAGUGAAUACAGGAUAGAAUUUGUGAUAAUCAAACCAGUCUGUGAUCUGUUAUACAGUUAAUUUAAUGUUUUUCUUUUGUGGAUUAUUUACUCAUAUCAAACUAUAUAUUGUGGCAUACACAAAAAUGAAGAUAUACAUGUACACUUAACAACCCAAAUGGAAAGAAACAAAAUGUUUACAGUUAUUGAUAUUAAAUGAAGUUCAUUAUAUCUUUAUGUAAUGUGACUGUGCUAUUAUGUACAUUUUGUGAUAUCAAAAUUGUAACUUUCAUUCAUAUGCAUUUA